AUGCUCGUCAUCGUGUAUGCAAGGAGAAAGAACCAACACGAUAAGGUUCUCGGGUUUCCAGAGCGACAGGGGCCUCUCGGGUCUUUUUCAGGCGCUAAAAUUAAGGUGGCUUCACUAGAACAAAACACGAUUGGCGGGGCUCAAAAACAGGCUCGAAACUUGGGGCGGACAAAAGAGAAUGUCGUCGCUAUAGGCAAUGUUUACUCCGUCUCCACCUCCUCUCGGCUUUUCGGUGCAACUGUUAAGCCCGAUCAAGACACCCAACAGUGUCGGCUGUCUCUGGAAAUAUCUCACCUCGGCGACGAUUCCAUCGUCAAGAAUGAUGGAAGCACAACCCUCAAAUUCAUGCAUAAUGCGACGCAGCUCAAAUUUGUGUAUGAUCCUACGAAGGCAGCUUCAUGGGCGGCGGUGCAGAAGACAAACCCAAUUACUGUGCAGAACCUGGAUAGUGGCGGUGAAGGUGCUGGUCGUGAUAGUGCGAGAGCAGAGCGACAGAUAUCUGUUGCACCAAUUGGUCCUUUUGCUACAUGGAUGUUGACAGUAAGAGAGCGAGAAAAUAAUGGACUGGACUUGAGCAAACUGACUGGUGUUUGUCUCGAGUCCUGGGGCUCUGCACGCAUAGUCGAUGUAUCUUAG